AUGGAAUCUGUAAAUCUAAACGACUGUUUGAUUGGAUUUAUCGGCGCCGGAAAUAUGGCGCUGGCUUUGGCCACCGGUCUCAUCAGUACCGGUAUCGUAAGUCCUCAACAGAUAAGCGCCAGUUCGCCGACAUUGAGGAUCGGUAGCCGAUGGCAGCAAUUGGGUUGUCAUACCUGUACCGAUAAUAACCAACUGUUUGCAUAUUUGGCACCAAAAAACAUUGUCACCACAACUAAAGUAGUGUUUCUCUGUGUCAAACCCAGUGUCUACAAGAAGUCGCUGGACAUCGACAAUGGAUCAGCACUUGUGAAUAUCGACUCACUCUUACAUAUGACUAAUAAAUUGGUCAUUUUGUCGGUGAUGGCCGGCAUUGAACUAUGUUUGGUGCGCCAGAUAUUUCCCGAUGAGUUGGUCAAAACUAGCAAAACAAACAUAAUGUUUGCCCGAUUGAUGCCCAAUACGGCUGUUAAGGUGGGCGCUGGUGUGUGCGGCGCUUAUAUUGACAACAUUUCCGAUAGCAACGGAUCAUUCAAAGAGUUUCUCAGCAAACUGUUGGCACCGUUAGGUUUGGUCGAGUUUGUCGACGAUGAACAACUAAUUAAUGCCGUGAUAGGACUGGCCGGCAGUGGCAUAGCGUUUGUCUAUACGAUGAUACACGCCAUGGCCGACGGCGGAGUCAAAAUGGGUUUAUCGCGUACUGUGGCCACCAGUAUUGCCGCACAGACUGUCAAAGGCGCCGCACUUAUGGUUGAAAAAUCGGGUCAAAAUGCCAUUGCAUUGCGCGAUGAGGUGACCUCACCGGCCGGUACCACAAUUCACGGCUUACACGCACUCGAAUCGGGCGGUUUCGCCGGACUUGUCAUGUCGGCCAUCGAAAUGACUGCCAAACGUGCCGAUGAAUUAAAAUAA